CUCUUGCCACGCAUAAUGUCCGUGAACAGCCAAAGCCCGUCAAUCAUCACUUCGUACCGGACUUCCGGUGCCGGAUCACUGUUAUCUGAAAUGAGCUCGUCGGUCCAACACCAUUUAUUUUAAACCAUGGGUUAAUGUUGGUGUCGUUAAAAGUACAGCGUCGAAAUCCACUUUGGACACAAUAUGUUCAACCCGCCAAAACUGCACAACCACGAGCUCAAACGUCUGGCAACGUGUUCGGAUAGGUUUAUGGACAUGUUAUCAAUUUUGAUGGAAAAAGCCAUCGACUCCAAGUACGACGGAGGCACAAGCAGUCAUGGCCGGUACCACAGUUUCCUUAACGGCUCGUCGGAAAUGGCCGACAACGGCGUAUUCAACGUCAGCAUGAAGCACGCGCUAGACGCGAUAUUCGGCCAUCAGAUGAUCGCAACUGAAGUGCUAGACAUGUACGCCAAGGUGACGUUCACGACGUUGUAUUGCAUAGUGUUUGUGGUGAGUCUGAUCUUCAACGGGCUGGUGUGCUUCGUGGUGUUCAGACAGUGCGGCAAAAAGAACGUGCCCAGCCAAGGGCCGUCGCCCCGUAACUUGUAUAUAGUCAACUUGGCAAUCGCCAACAUCAUGAUGUCUAUGGUUAGCAUACCGUACAGCCUCUGGGCGAUCAUGUCCAAACAUUGGAGUUGGGGCUUGGCCAUGUGCAAGAUCGUUCCGGUGGCACAAGGCGCCAACAUCACCGUAUCCGCGUGCACCAUAACGGCCAUUGCUCUUGACAGAUAUUUUACGAUCGUGCGUAAUCCAAGAGGAUCAAUAUUCCGAUGCAGCGUGGCCAAAUCACUGAUACUCAUCUGGAUGGUGUCUUUUGUGACAAUGGUACCAAUAGUGUUGUACCAGAAUCUAGAGUCGAUCCAUUUGGGCAAUUUUCCCGUGUACAAAGCUUGUGUUGAAAAAUGGCCGUUUCUAGUCGCACAACAAUCAUACACCGUUUGCUUGACUAUCAUUCAGUUUGGGGUGCCGUUCGCCGCCAUAUCAUUAAUUCACAUAAAAAUAUCUUCUUACCUCACCGUACACCUCAAUCAUCCGGCUGUUCCGUCGAGAGACAUUAACUGUAGACGAGUGCGGAGAGAGUUAAGCAGAAACAGAAGAACCAUGUACAUAUUGACAUCGAUAGCCGUGGCGUUUGCGGUGAGCUGGCUGCCCCUGACGCUGUUCACGCUGUGCGUGGAGUUCCAUCCGGAGCUGUUCAAGUCUCCUGAGCACAUGUACCUGACGUUUGGCGUGGUCCAUCUGAUUGCAAUGUCCUCGACUUGCACUAAUCCUCUGCUGUACGGCUGGCUCAACACGAAUUUCCGCCGUGACAUCUCCAGCAUAUUCCGGCAGGUUUGUUACUGCGGUACCGGUAAACCGCCUCCCCGGCGCAAGCGGCAUCCGUCCGUGGCGACAGACUACCGCGGUCCAAACGACAGACGGCCAGGCCCCGGAUCUGAGAUGCCCGGCCGGCGCCAUCACCACGAUCCCGAAACGACAGGGCUGUCCAUGAUGGUCAAGAGCGAACGGCGAUUCAGCACCUCCUAUCUGACCACGCUGACCACAGUCACAUCAGGCAGAUCACAACCGGUAUCCAGCGUAGGUCGCGUGGAAAACGUUUAAAACCCAUAUGCCAUACAAGGUGGCAACGAUGCUGGACUAUGUUACACUAUAAGAUGGUGACCAAGGGCGCCCACAGAAAGGGUCGGGGGGACGGUCUUUCCCCCCUAGCUUCUCUGCAAGUUAAAAAAAUUAUAUCCAAUAUCUGAAAUUCACAAAAUCAAUUACAAAACCAUAGUCGGUCUUCUCCCCCCCCCCCCAAAAAUUUUCACCUGCGGGCGCCCUUGUUCAUGACCAAUACACUGAGCUGGGCAUUGCCAAGACUUAAGUUUUAACUUAUAAUAUAAUAUAUAAUCAGCUAUAUAUAUACAGUAUAUGUGUUUAUACUGAUAUUAAAUUUCUUUAGUUAAUGUGUGUAAAGGUGAGUUUUAUAAUUACUUUCAUAAAAUGGAAAUUUUAUUGUCGAUAGGACUACGAGGAUAGUGACCAUUGUUUUGAUAAAUAACGGUGGUGAACCAAUCCAUUCCCAGCGCAGGAGGUCUGACAAAUUAUGUCAUUUUACUUAUAACUCAUUUCAAAGAAACCUUUUUUUCCUUGAACAAAAAGGAUUAUCUAUUAUUUUAUUUUACUACUGCAAUUUUACAUUUUCAAAAUUAUAUUAUAUUUACGUUUCGUGACUAUUUAAAAUAUACGUGUCAUAUCCUGUAUAUCAUGAAGUCUCAAAACAAGCGCUAGAUUGUAUAUACUAUUAUUACUUUUUAAAAAUAAUUAAAUAUUAAAUACAAACGCACAGGCCAAAUCCAAAUAGUUCUCUCGACAAUAUCAUUACUAUGUAUGUUAAUCGACUGAUAACAAUAAAUUUAUUCCUAUAUUAUAGCAUAUUAUUUUAUCUCAGCGUCGGUAGUCAUUUUUAAUAGCCAUCGUCGCUUGAUAUAACCAAUAUAGUUUUGUAAGUAUAAGCUACGUCGUUAUAUCAUUAUACCCUAAAAGAAAAAAAAUUCUAAUUUAAUCGAUUCCUUCAAAAAUAAGUUGUCUUAUUACCUAGUAUUAUAAUAAUCAUACAUUAUUAUUGAACAAUUAACUCCAAUAUUAUUUUGUACUCUUAACGGUAUUCGUACAUAUUACUAUAAUGGUAUAGUUCGGUGUUCCGUCUGUUAUUAGUAUGUACGGUAGAACUAAGUACAGUUUAAACUAUGCAGCUCUAUGUUAAAGAGCAAUAAUAACUUAACUGGAUUUAAGGGAAACGGACAAUCUUGGGACCAUACUACAAUCAUAUUUAUAUCUCCUCGCGAAGAGUCUUUUAUUAAAAAAAUCAACAAAAUUAUGAUCAAUUAUUUUCCACCUUUCUAUUAAGAUGUACUUUACAUACACAAUCUACCCUUUCUUACAUUUGUUAAACUAUUGUUAUUAUCUUUUACGAUACGAUCAUAAUAAUAUACUGUAUACCUACGUCCAAGUGGAAUUAAAAAGAUAUAAACCAUCGUUAUUUUUUAAUCAUCAAAAUAAAUAAAGAAGCUCUUUUAUAAUUAAUUUUUAAGCAAAAACCCGACUUUAAAAAUAAAAAUUCUCUCUUUAGUUAACACAAUAUCCCGUCUUCUUUGACAAAUCACCCCAGAAAAAUAAUGUAGUAUAAUAUUAUAGUAAAAUUGUAUGAGAACAUCUCUCCUGUAUCAAAAUACAUUUAUAAUGAUGAUUAUUUCAUCAAAUAGAGUAACUAACAAUGUUAUACAUAAAAAACCGAUAAAACAGUAGUCCUUUAAACAAAAAAAACUAAGAAUUCCAUGGUUCGGCAUGCAAGUUUUUUUUAUAUUUCUUGUAAAUUUUAGUUUUAUAAAAAUAUAAAAUACUAACACUCAUUUUCACCAAAUAAUGUUAAGAAUUUAACCAUCCAUAAAUUUUAACAUCUGGUAGAACAGAAUGUAAAUGUUUAAUU